AUGGUGCGCCAUUGUCUGUUUAUUUUGGGGCCCCCUGGUGCGAGCAAGUCCCGCGUGUGGCAGACUUUGUCUAAAGCACUGAAAGCAAUUGGAGAAGACGGGGUGGUGGAGGUGUUGAACCCAAAAGCCAUUUCUACUAACGAGUUAUACGGGUAUAUGACCCCUGCAAAGGAGUGGAAAGAUGGGGCUGUUGCUGUGAUUAUGAGAAAUAUGUCUAAAGAAAGAGGAGGGUUUAAACCUACACAUUUACAUAAAUGGAUUGUUCUUGAUGGGGAUAUCGAUGCAGAGUGGAUUGAAUCCAUGAACACCGUCAUGGACGACAACAAGGUGUUGACAUUGGUUAGCAACGAGCGUAUUCCGUUUACACCAACGAUGCGAAUGAUAUUUGAAAUAGCAGAUAUGAAGCAUGCAAGCCCCGCCACGGUUUCAAGAGGUGGGGUUGUGUUUAUAAACGAAACAGAUGUUGGAUGGAAACCUUUUGUAGACUCAUGGAGAGAAACUCUAUCAGACCAAGUCGCCCAGUCCCAGUUCUAUUUGCUCUUCUCCUACUACUUCGAAUCCAAUAUCGAUAUGUUCCGGCGCACGUUCAAGUUUGUUUGUCCUAUGACAGACAUUGCGUUUGUUGAUGGAAUUUGUUCAUUUGUAGAUGCGUUGCUGUGUAAAGAUAAAGCAACAGCAGAAGCAUUCAAAGCUAAAAGUGUUGAUGAACAAAAACUCACAUAUGAAGGAUAUUUCCUAUCAGCACUCAUGUGGACUGUAGGCGCAUGCGUAGCAGACGACAAAGCCGUCAACUACAGAUCUCAGUUCAGCGGUUGGCUGCGUGCUGCAGCUCGGAUUAAGUUCCCUGAGGGGGGCCUUUGCUUCGAUUACUUCUUUGAUGAAAAGACGUGUCAGUGGGCCCCGUGGAGUACCCAGUUGAAACCUUAUGAGCCAGUCACAGAAAUGCUCUUCAGCAAAAUCAUCGUAGCCACCACGGAUAUACUUCGCAUCAACUAUGUGAAUGAACUUUUCUGCAAAAGAGGAAGAGCCGUUCUCCUCGUCGGCUCUUGUGGAUCCGGCAAGAGUACGAUCGUCAAGGACUUCCUGAGACACCUUCCUCCUGAAUUUGAAAGUGCAACAAUAAACUUGAACUCGUACACAGACUCUCGCACGCUGCAGAAUAUCUUGGCUUCUAACAUUGAGAAGCGCACGGGUCACACGUACGGUCCUGUCGGCAACAAGCGUGUGGUGUAUUUCAUCGACGAUUUGAAUAUGCCGUUUGUAGAUAAGUAUGAUACACAGCCUCCUUUGGAGUUGUUGCGUCAGUUGAUGGAUUACGGCAGUAUGUUUGAUAGAGCGCAUCUAGAGGACCGGAUGAAUGUGGUGGAUGUUCAAUACAUGGGGUAUCCUGCAUUUGUGCAUUCGGCAAAGAAAUUCCAUUACAACUUCAAUCUCAGAGAUCUAUCCAACAUGUUCCAGGGGGUGCUGCGAUCCUCUGCCUCUCUAUAUAGACAGACAACAGGGGGCCGCCUCAAGCUCAUUCGUCUUUGGCUGCAUGAGGCGAACCGUGUGCUGAGAGACAGACUCAUUUGUGAGAGUGAUAUGAAUGCUCUCGAUAAUAUCCUUAAAGCUGUGUACAUACCAGCAGCAGAUAUGGAUUCACUACGUGCAGUGCUGGCGGAGAAGCUGGAGGAAUAUUCUCAAUCAUUUACAGAGAUGAAUUUGGUGUUAUUUGACGAUGCAGUAUUGCAUGUUUCUCGUAUAUGUAGAAUUAUAGAUCUACCCGGGGGUAAUGCUCUUCUUGUAGGAGUAGGAGGAAGCGGUAAACAAAGCCUCAGCAGGCUCGCUUGCUUCAUCGCUAAAGUUGACACAUUCCAAAUCACUGUCAGCCAGCAUUACGACUGUGCUGCAUUCAAAACAGAUAUGCAGGAGUUAAUGAAUAAGGCCCUUGUUAGGCCGGGGACGCCGCAUGCACUGUUGCUGACAGACCAACAAAUUGUAGAUGAAGAACUUUUAGUCUACGUCAAUGAUCUCCUCGCCUCAGGCAAUAUUCCUGAUCUCUUUACUCGCGAUGAAUACGAACAGAUAUUCGCGGUACUCAGGAAGCAGCUACGACCUGGUGCAGCAGCGAAUACACGAGAGGCGAUGAUGCAAGUGUUUACAGACAAAGUUCAAACCAACGUUCAUGUUAUUCUUUGUCAUUCUCCUGUUGGUGAACAUCUGAGGGUUCGUGCUCGCAAAUUCCCUGGCCUCAUCUCCGGCACAACCAUCGAUGAAUUCCACCCAUGGUCAAGAGACGCCCUCGUUCAAACCGGUACAGCUUUCCUCAAGGACGUGGAGUUGCCGUCUGAGGAGUUGCGUGGUUUGUUGGCUGAGCACAUGGCAAACGUUCACUUGAGCAUAGAUGCUGCGAAUGAGCGUUUCUUAAGAGAAGAGCGGCGAUAUAACUACACAACACCGAAAUCUUUCUUAGAGUUGAUUGCAUUUUAUAAACAAUUCUUAGAAAGAAAAAGAGAAGAAGCAAACUUAUCUAUUGAGAGGCUUCAGAAGGGUCUGACAACACUCAAAGAAACAACAGCAGAAGUUGAAGGACUCAGAGAAGAUUUGAAAGAAAAAAUGGCUGUUGCUGAUGAAAAGAAAGCAGCAGCAGAUGCACUUGUUGAACAGGUAUUAAAAGCAUCUGCUAUUGCUGAUGAAGAAGCUGUUAUUGCAAAUACAGAAAAAGAUAAAGCUAAUCAACUCAGUGAAGAAGCUGCUGCUAUUCAAAAAAAAGCAGACGAAGAACUCUCAGAAGCCAUGCCUGCUAUGGAAAGAGCAAGAGAGGCAGUCAAAUGCCUCACCAAGCCGGCUAUACAAGAACUGAAAUCUCUUCCUAAGCCGCCAGCUGAAUGCUUAGAAGUUACAAAAGCUGUUCUUAUUAUGAGAGGAGAGACAAAGAACACAGAGUGGAAAGCAGCUCAGAAGAUGAUGAGCGAUCCUGCAAAGUUCCUUGAUCAGGUGCGUGCCUUCGAUGCGGAGAACAUGACAGAGGAGACAGUGAACGCGAUAACACCGAUAAUAUCUCAGCCUUUCUUUAACUUUGAGGUUAUGAAGGGAAAGUCUUUAGCUGCAGCUUUUCUAGCUAACUGGGUUGUGAAUAUUGUUACUUAUAACACCAUCUAUAGAAAAGUAAAACCCCUUAUGGAUAAAUUCGCUGAGGCAACAGAAUCCAAAAGCAAAGCAGACUCUAAUCUCGCUCAAGUCCUAGAAAGAGUCAGAGAGAUCAACGAAAAGGUGGCAAAGCUGCAGCAGAAGAUGCAGGAGGCGGAUGAAGAGCGUCAGGGUGUUGUAGCUCAGGCAACAGAAUGUCAAUUGAAAUUAGAUUUAGCAGAAAGAUUAGUUAAUGGAUUAGCUGAUGAAAAUAAAAGAUGGAAUGAAUCUAUGAAUGAACUCGAAUCCUCUAAAAUGACUGUUAUAGGAGACUAUCUCCUCGCUGCAGCAUUCGUCUCCUACGCAGGAGCAUUCUCUGCACCCUUCCGUGUAGGGCUCAUUGAGGGGGAGUGGAAAGCAGACUUGGUGAAGCAAAAUAUUCCCUUCACUUCAACAGUAACUCCUUUAGAUGUUUUAGCUGAUGAAGCAGAUAUUGCGCUCUGGAAGAAUGAGGGGCUUCCUGCUGAUCGUAUUUCUAUUGAAAACGCAGCCAUUGUCAACUCCUGCAUGAGGUGGCCUCUGCUAAUAGAUCCACAGCUGCAGGGGACGCGGUGGGUGAAGCAGCGGGGCCACGACAGCUUGAUAACAGUAUCUGUGAAUCGCGAUCGUUGGUUAGCUAAGAUAACAGAUGCAAUUCGAAAUGGUGAUAUUCUUCUCAUUGAAAACCUCUCCGAGUCUAUUGAUCCUGUACUCGAUCCCCUCGUAUCUCGCAGCGUCUCUAGAAAGGGGCGCACGGCGUACGUGAAGAUAGGGGGAGAAGAUGUCGAGUUCAGCAGCAAAUUUCGUUUGCUGCUGCAGACGAAGCUGCCAAACCCUCAUUAUAAGCCGGAGAUAGCGGCUCAGUGUACUUUGGUGAAUUUCACCGUAACCCCUGAGGGUUUGGAGGAGCAGUUCCUGGCGAUGAUUGUAAAUGCUGAACAGCCGGAACUAGAAACAUCUAAACAGGCUUUGACAAGAAAACAAAAUGAAUUUAAAGUUACUUUGGCACAGCUCGAAGAUAAACUCCUCUUCGAGCUAUCAAAUGCAGACCCUGAACUCAUCCUUGCAAACACCACACUCGUUGAAAGCCUUGAAGAAACAAAACGAACAACCAAAGAAAUUCAAGAACAGCAAGCAAUGGCGAAAGAAAGAGAAGAGCAAAUCAACAGGAGUCGUGAGGCUUAUCGUAGCUCUGCAAACGAAGCUUCUUUGUUGUACUUCGUGUUGACUCGUCUGCGCAGCAUCAACCCCAUGUACCAGUACUCUCUAGACUCCUUCAUUACAUUUGUAUACAAGGGUCAAGAUGUGGUGGCGAUGCAGAAGUUGGAUUUGGCACACAAAGAAGGUCAUUGGGUGUUACUGCAAAAUAUUCAUUUGAUGCCUCGCUGGACAGUAGAGUUAGAGAAGAAGUUAGAUGCGUUUUCAUCAGAGGGUCCUCAUCCUAAUUUCCGUUGUUUCCUUUCUUCUGAAUUAUGCGAUUAUAUCCCUGUGGGUAUCCUCGAUCGCUCUAUUAAACUUACAAAUGAACCACCACAAGGCCUCCAAGCUAAUCUAAAGAGAGCUUUCGCUUGCUUCCCUAAGGAUGACUUUGAUGAGAAGGACCAGAAGGACCGCCUCCUCGACGAAGCUGAACUUUUCCCCUUCUGCGAACAGCAUGAAGGCGUCUCGUACAAAACCCCUCCAGCUCAGAGCUAUGAGAGGUAUAUGGAAUGUGUGGCAUCGAUGCCUCCUGAGACACCUCUGGCCUUUGGUCUUCACCCCAACACGGAGAUCGGUUAUAGAACUCAGCAGUGUGAAGAUCUGUUCAAGACUCUCCUGGAGUCAGAGGGAGCAUCUGCAGGAGGCAGUGCAGGCAAAGGAGGAGCUGAAAACGAUGGAGAAGCGCUUUGCAAAGAGAUCCUCGAUGAGCUGGGAGACGCGCGAUUCGACGUAGAGGAAAUAAGUCAAUCAAUUCCUGAUGAAGAGAAAGGACCUUAUCAACACGUUUUCCUGCAGGAGUGUCAGUGCAUGAACGUGUUGGUGCGGGAGAUAAGCCGCUCUUUAGUUGAAGUGGAGUUGGGCUUUAAAGGAGAAUUAACUUUUUCUGCUUCUAUGGAGAAACUUGUAGAAGACAUUCGUAUGAACAGAGUUUCGUUUGCUUCUUGCAGGCCUUUGGGGUCCUGGAUAGCAGAUGUAAAGCAGCGGUUUGAGCAUCUAUCUGAGUGGACAAAGGAGCCAAGUGCAACGCCAAAAGUAGUUAACUUAGCUCGUCUUUUCAGUCCUCAAUCUUUCUUAACAGCUAUCAAAGAAGUCUGCUCUCAACAACACCAUCUAGAACUCAACAAACUCAACGUGCUCACCACCGUCACCAAAAAGGACGUCGCUUCCAUUGAUGCACCCGCCAGAGAAGGCGCUUUCGUGACCGGGUGCGUCCUCGAUGGGGCCCGGUGGGACGUUCAAGGCGGCUGUUUGGCUGAGUCGAAGCCGAAGGAGCUGUUCUUCCCUAUGCCGGUUAUACACUGCAAGGCCUCUCUAGAGACAAAGAACGAAGACAGCAGUACCUACAUCUGUCCAGUUUACUUAACUGUCCAAAGGGGACCCACAUUUGUCUUCAACGCUCAACUCAGAACCAAGAUGCCACCAGCAAAAUGGGUUUUAGGAGGAGUCGCCAUGAUUUUAGACUAUCUGCAGCGGCUGCAGCUGCAGCAGCAGUGGGCUGCAGCAGCAACAGCUGCAGCAGCAGCUGCCGCAGCAAUAUUUAGAGGGGGGCGUCUUCCUUACUUGCUGGCAGCAGCAAGUGCAGCAACUGCAACAAGUGCAGUGCAGCAGCAGCAACCAGUUCAGCAGCUGCAACAAGCGGAGCUUAGGGCCUCUUGGGGUUCAGGAAGCGCAGCACCACCAGCCACAUUUCAUCGGCCUCCUCGGUUUGCUGCUGCUGCUGCUGCUGCUGGCAAUGUGGGGGAGGCAGCACUUCGUGCUGACGGAGGAGCUUCGCCGGUAACCAGCAGCACUGUAGCACCAACAUCAACAGUAACAACGACAACAACAGCAACAACAACAACAACAGCAGCAUCCACAAGCGAUUCCAGUCCAACCUCCAGCGGUUCGGGUGGUUCCCAACCACCAGAUGCGGGAUCGGGAUCGGGAUCGGGAUCGGGGUCGGGAUCGGGGUCGGGAUCGGGAUCGGGGGGAGGAUCCCAGACUCCGACGCCAGCAAACCCUCCUACUGCAGCAAUUGUAGUGCCCCAGACAUCCGGCAUGUGCAAUGAUAUUCAGUUGUCUGCCGCGGGGUCCGCAUCAAACGACCCAAAUGACACCACCCUCACAUACACCUGGAAGAACACGGGCCCUGCCUCGCUGAGUCUUCAGAACUUCUUUCUAACAGCCGACGGAGAGGAGGUGACGAUCCCCAAGGACGUUGUCUAUGCUGCUGCAAACGAAUUCAUCUCGCGGCAUCUCGGCGCCCCCAGCAUUGAGCUGGAGUUCUCUGUCUAUGUCACAGACGUAAAUGGAGAAACAGGGACAGGGAAUCUGACUUUAUCUUUGUCUUUAGAGCCUCCAGCUCUAGGGUUAGGAUCGGAUAAAGAUUUCACCAUAAACAAAGAAGAUAGUGUAGACCUUGUCGUUACACCCGAAUACUGCCCGCUGGUCGCUACAAAUUUUGACACUGGGGUGUCUCUCCAGUGGACAGCCACCUGCCCCCAAGACUCCCGCACAGCAGACCAGCUGCUGCGCCUCAGCAGCAGCAGCAACAACAGCAGCGUUAACAACAAGGCCAGCGUCCGCCCCUACACCCUCACCCCUGGGUAUACGUACACCGUAACUGCCAGUCUGCGGUACACUGCAGACGCCAGCAGAACAGCUAGCCAAAGUUUUACAAUUAAGGUCCUCACAGACACAGUUAAAAUACGGUUUCAGUUCGCCCCUUAUCCAAAUCAAGAUGACGGAGAAGGCGACACGGAUGAGGACUUGAGGCUAUAA